CCCGCGGCUCGCUCGCUCGCUUGCUUGUGCAAACAGCUCUCCUCCUCCUCCGCCGCCUCCGUACAACAACCCGAUAUCCUCCGGCUCGAAGGAAGCGGCGCCGCUGGUGACGGCGAGCGGGAGAGGAUAUGGUUCACCUGCCGCACCUGGGGAAGCUGCGGCGGGAGGUCAAGGAGGAGGCGCUCGACGCCGACGAUCCCGCCGCCGCAGCGGGGGCCGAGGCGUCGCCGUUCCACAAGAGGUCCCGCCUCACGCAGCAGCAGCAGCAGCAAUGGAGCACGGGUGGUGCUAGUGUGUCCAAUCAGCAGCAGCCGUCACAGCAUGAUUUCCUUGAGGAGCCUAGCCCACUCGGCCUGCGGCUUAAGAAGAGCCCCUCUCUGGUGGAUUUGAUCCAGAUGAAGCUUGUGCAGGCCGGUAAGGCGAAAGAUGCCAGGCAUGGCGGCACUGUUAGUGCCUCAGAGAAAUUGAAAGCUUCUAAUUUCCCUGGUUCUGUACUAAGAAUCGGAUCUUGGGAGUGGGUAUCAAGAUACGAAGGAGAUUUGGUCGUGAAAUGUUAUUUUGCAAAGCACAAACUCGUGUGGGAAGUGCUGGAUGGUGGUCUCAAGAGCAAAAUUGAGAUACAGUGGUCUGAUAUCUGUGCACUUAAGCUGGUUUGUCCAGAAACUGAACCUGGAACCUUGGAGAUUGCAUUGUCUAGGCAACCACUUUUCUUCAGAGAAACCAACCCUCAGCCAAGGAAGCACACUUUGUGGCAGGCAGCCUCUGAUUUUACCUCUGGACAGGCAAGCAUGCACAGGAGGCACUUUCUUCAGUGUGCCCCGGGAAUGAUGAAUAGACACAUGGAGAAACUUGUUCACUGUGACCCACGUCUGCUGUCGCUAAGCCAGAAAAAUGACAUCACUUUGGAGAAUCCUUACUUUGAAUCAAGGUGUUCUCUAUUUGAAGAUCCAGAUGAUGUGAAGUGCCAGGAUUUUGAUCCUAAUGGACUUGAUGAUGAUCAGUUAGGACCCCAAAGAUUUAGAGAACUUUUAGCGCACCAUUCUGCACCCACUAGUCUGGAUGUGGAAGGAAGACAGGAAGCUGGAGCAUCAGAUAGCUUGCCUCGACAUUUCUCGAAUUCAGUUACUGGCAGUGAAAUGAUUAAACAAGACGGGGCUUCUGGUAUGUGCGAGCCACAAACAAGCAUCCUUAGCUGGAACGGUUUUAAGUUGCCUGGGAUCCGGCGAUCCAUGUCCAAGAGUGAGAUAGCAAACCACAUCUACAGACAGAUGUAUUCAGGGAACCUGCCUACAGCUCAUGGUGGUGCUGGCACAUCGGGUAAACUUGUGUUAGAUGACAUCACCAGGUACCUACUGAGUGACUCUCAGAUCAUCAACGGUGGCCAUGACUCAGCGGGUGAACUAGCAUUUGAUGAGGUGACUCGACAACUUCUGAAUGAUUCCCAAAUCACAGCCUCCGCCGAUGAGAGGAUGCUCAUGUCAAGGGUCAAUUCUCUGUGUUCAUUGAUCUACAGAGAUUCAGGUGAAAGCCAGGUAAAUGCUGGUGUUCAUGGUGAUAAUGAGAUGUAUGAGAGAAAGCCCCAACCUUACGCGCCUUCGGUUGGAGCAGAAGAGGGCAGUGGCUCAUUGCCUCCAAGGCAAGAACCAUUUGGGGAUCUCCUUACCCAUCUGCCGCGCAUCUCAUCAUUUCCACAUUUCUUGUGAGUUUUGAUCUCAGGGAGGCAAAUGUGCAGUGGCUAGUGGCCAGUGGGACAUGUAGGUUGAUUAACUCCUGUGCGUAGGGAUUUUUUUUUGCCAGGAAGCAACAUGACCCCUUCUUUCUUGUAUGUACAUAGAGAUAGGAUAAUUGUAGGUAAGCUCUUUUGGCUGCAUAGACCAAUACGUCUGCCUGUGAUCCAUGCCAUGUAGUUGAUUAAAGAAGUCUGCGAUCGUGAAAAUGGUUAAUGCCGAAAAUUUCUCUUA